AUGACCAAUGAGCAAUUCACGGAUGCACGUGCGUCGUGCCUCAUGUCCAACUUUGGCGGGAAAGUUCACAGUUCGCGGUACUUAAGCAAACUGGAAUCCCGUUUAACCGGUAUGGUCCCGGCUUUCUGAUAUAUAUUAAGAACCAAAACAUAGUAUAACUGUUAUCUCGGCUGUGAUUUAAAUACUAGAAGUAAUACAACUUGUUCAGGGUCAAAGAUGGAUUUUCGCGUCAAGAUUUUGAACGAUUAUGAAGCUGUGAAUUCAGCGAAACGCCUUUUAUACGAUGUCUACAUUCACGAGAUGGGCUGGGUCUUUCGUGAGGAUAGCCCAACUGGUUUUCACAUCGACAAAGACAAACGAAACCAACCGAUUCUCUGUGACGCGUUCGAUAAGGCAUCUAUUUGGGUCGGUGCUUACAAAGAAGACAAACUAAUUGGGGUAACAAGAGCCGUUCAACGAAACAACACCCGUGGAAAGCUCGAUCUUGAAUUGUACCCCUCGAGCAGUUUACCUUCCAUGAAGAGGCUUUUCCAAGGAAAAGAAGGGUGUCAAAUAAUAGAAGUCCAGCGUGGGGCAGUAGCCAAGGAUUACAGAAACACAGAACCUAGCGUCAUCCAACUUCUCCUCUUAUUUGCGUUUAGCUUCGCGCAAGAGAAACAAUUCAGCAUUGUUUGCCCUACUGUUUUUCCUGCUCUAGAGACUUUAUUUAGCCGGGCAGGAAUGCACUUGGUAGAGAAAAAUUUCACGUACGGUGAAGGCGAAGAGGAGUGGCCAACCUUCAUCUUUUUUUGUUCUUCAGAUGAGUUGGUACAAGUUUUGAAGCGACUAAAAAGGGUAACAAACAAGAGAAAUGGAAGCUUCCUUCAAGAGAGAGGUCAGCAAGCCAAGCGAAGCAAAUUUAAUGUAGUAUAA